UUUUUUCUUUGAAUUUUUGUUACUUUAUUCUGAAGGGAUAUUGUCGUUGCUGGGAGACAGCCUGAUACGGUGGAAUGUCUGCCGAGAAACGCAAAAGAAAACGUUCUUCCUUUGAAGAGGACCUUUCUUCAAAUAUAAUGGAUGAAUAUUGGAAAGUUAGAAAACAAUAUGAGCGAAAAAUUGCUGUUCAAGGGCUGGCAUUUGAAUCGUCCAGAAAGAUAUCUCCUCAGAUGGCCAACUUCAAUUUUGUUCCUCUUCAAAUUCCAGAGUAUAACCAAGUAAAGGACAAUCAAUCUACCAUUCUUCGCCGUGCAGAAACGGGAUCACUUGUUAACAAAUGUCCUGUCAUUCCGCUUGAACAUGUUGAAUCAACUCCGCCAAUGCAAUAUUGGACACAUACAGAGGCUAAUGUAAUUGCCGAGGACGAAUACACGCUUUCACAUAUCCCAUUUCUUGGAGAUUCUGUUGAUGACACUUCUUUUUGUCUUGAUCUAAUGAAAACAUUCCCGGAAGGCAUUCAUGGCACUAAAGAUGGCUGCGGAGAAUACAUUAACGACUUUAUUCUAUAUUACACAGUUAAGGCAGUAAAAGCAAAGCUUAAAGAUACUGAUUUGAAAUCCAUUUUCAAGUAUGUUUACCAGUGUUUUCCAAAUAAGGCGUCUAAACAUGAAUUACUUACAAUGUAUCCAGAUUUGCAACAACGCUUUGAACCAGAGACGAUUACUCGCCAAGAAUUCACGAAUGAAGAGGGUGAAUUGGUCGCCAACUUUUCUUCUAAUCGUUUGUUAAACAGUUAUGAAGUAUUGCUUUGUCAUAAAUGUUUUGCUUAUGAUUGUAUUAUGCAUAAUGCCACAAUUGCCGAUGGUUAUGGGGGUGGAAAUAGAACGCGUAAACGCAAUGCUUUUUCAGAAAGGAAUAAAUCUAAGAAAAAUACUGAAGUUCCAAGGCCUUGUUCUCUUCAAUGUUAUAUGACUGUUGAGAGAGUUAAAUCUCCUCUUUCAAAUCAAAAGGACAAUACCUCAAAACGUAAUAAUUUAUACAUCGAUGUUAAAGGCAAUGAGAAUACCAAAAAUGUUUGGACACCACAUGAAGAAUCUAUUUUUGCUAUUCUUCGAAAAACUGGUGAAGAUGAUUUUUGUAAAAUAACAAAAAUGUUAAAUGUUUGUACAAAUUUGUCAAAUAAAAAAACUUGUAUUGAAAUUUAUGAAUAUGCUGCUCGAGCUGGGCCAUUAUCGCCUCGUUUAGAACUUGCGACAUCUCCAAUAAAGAACUCGAAGUACCGAAAAAAUCGCGAUUCUCAUCGGACUUUUCGUGCCAUGAAAUGGGCAAAUACAAAUGGAAAAGUAGAAAAUGGAGGUAUGUUUAAGCCUUGCCAACACAAAGGAGAUUGUCGAGAGGAGCAUGGAUGUUACUGUAUUCGAGUUAAUAAUCUUUGUACUAAAUAUUGUGGAUGUUCUGAUGAAUGCGAAAAUCGUUUUCCUGGAUGUCGUUGUGCUCCAGGAAAUUGUAGAACAAAACAGUGUCAAUGUUAUUAUGCAAGUUGGGAAUGUGACCCAGAUGUUUGUACAUCUUGUAAUUGUGACAAACUUAGUUCUUCUGGAGAGCCUAUAUGUAAAAAUGUUUCGAUUCAACGUGGUCUUCAAAAACGUUUAAUUGUUGCGCCUUCACAAGUAGCUGGUUGGGGUUGUUUUGCGAAUGAGGAUAUCGAGAAAAACGAUUUUGUGUCUGAAUAUUGUGGCGAAGUUAUAAGUCAGGCAGAAAGUGAAAGACGUGGAAAAAUCUAUGAUCGAAUCAAAUGUAGUUAUUUAUUUGGUUUGAAUGAUGAACAAGUAGUUGAUGCAACUCGUGUUGGGAAUGUUAUUCGUUUUGCUAAUCAUUCAAAAAAUCCAAAUUGUCGUGCAAGAGUUGUUGUAGUUAAUGGAGAUCACAAAAUUGGUAUUUUUGCCCAACAGUCAAUAAAAUGUGGGGAAGAAUUAUUCUUUGAUUAUGCAUAUAAUAAAAUUCAACAAGUAGAAUUUGUUCCAAAAGAAUUAAAAAGUAUUGUUAAACAUAGAGAAAGGCAGGCCGGUCGUUCUGUCGGUAGACAUUCUGCAAUAAGGGAUGAUUCUAUUUGA